AUGGGAGAGACAACACAAUCCCACGAUCGGCAAAACACCGUCUACUCGGAUCACCAGGGCUCCACGCAAAUGGAUGGAGUGAGCCAAUCGCAAGAGAAAACUUUUAUGGCUCCAGGAGAACAUGCAAUUUCCUCUUCGCAAUUCGGUGCAUUCUCACAGACGUCUCGCACACCGACCUCGCAACAUGGUAACCCAUAUGCCAACUAUCAACACCAGCAGUCGAUGCAUGCGCUCGACAUGAGCUCGGUAGGACUUGCACUGCCUGGGUCUUCUCCUUUGCCUACGUCUACCAGAGCUUUCGCACAGCAAGCACCAUCUCACGCUGAUGGAUUGCCUGUGCAGGCGCCAGGCAUGAACUUUAGACCGCAACAGUUGCACCAGUAUGGAGCUCAAGCUUAUCCACCAAACAUGACGAUGCCCAUGUCUGGUCUGCGCAACCAGCCGCAAGCCCCUGGUAUGGCGCCUCACUACUAUUACAACUCUUACAGUGUACCUCCCUCCCAGCUUGCUAUGCAACGCCAGGGACAGCCUAUCGCAGGCUACUCGAUGAUGCCUGGAAUGCCCUUCAACAACAACGAUUUCAACACCCAACCAAAUCAUCCCGUGUCAUACUUGAGUACNGUCCAUUAUACAUGGUCAGAGAGACGGAUGGCAAGACAACACUUCCGCCAUCCUAGACCCGAGUUGGUCACUCAGCCCACGCCAUCUUAUCCCAGAGGUCCACCAAGGAAGCCCAGACAAUCUGGCCAUGCACUCUGGGUCGGAAAUCUGCCNCCUGGCACGACCAUCAGCGCCCUCAAGGACCAUUUCUCGCGCGAAGCAACCAAAGACAUCGAGAGUCUGUUCCUCAUCUCCAAGAGCAACUGUGCGUUUGUCAACUACCGCAACGAGACUGCGUGCGCUGCUGCCAUGGUCAGAUUCCAUGAUUCUCGGUUCCAGGGUGUGCGGUUGGUGUGUAGGCUUCGUCGCAGCACCCCUAAUGCUGGAUACUCUUCGACAAUACCCGACUCGACGACCCCUGAGUCCGGUAGCGAGGUCGACAAGGCGGGUCGCAAAGGAUUGCAAAGAACGUCUUCUGGUCCGGUCAUUGUGGACGGUUCAGCCCGUUCAUCACCCGACAAACAGUCUCAGCACGAUGGUGUUGAUGGAGUUGAUGGUGUAGAUGGUGUUGACGGCGUCGACGGUGUGGACGGUGUCGAUGGCGUCGACGGCCAUAGUCCAGCACGAGUGCCUGAGAAGUACUUCGUGGUCAAGAGUCUUACGCUGCAGGAUCUCGAAGCCAGUGUGCGCAAUGGAGUUUGGGCCACUCAGAGCCACAACGAGGUUGCGCUGAACCAUGCUUACGAGGUAAGGAAUUCUGAGACUCUUUACGUCUACAAGCACAAGCUAAUCCUCUUUCCANNGACUGCUGACAACGUCUUCCUCGUCUUUUCCGCAAACAAGUCUGGAGAAUACUUUGGUUAUGCUCGCAUGACCAGCCCCAUCACCUCGGAACCGACAACAUCACCCACAAAACUGCAGCCCAGGACCAAAGACCUGGACAGCGGCCCAAAGUCCAUUCCAACACCAGCAACACAAUGGGCACCAAAAGGACGCAUUGUAGACGACUCAGCACGCGGCACCAUCUUCUGGGAAGUCGACAACACACAUGAAGACGGAACAGGAGAAGAAGAAGAAGAAGGAGCAAUCGACGGUGCUACUUCCCAAACACCACAGGAAAUCCAACGAGAAGAGAAGGAAACAGGUACCCGACAAGAAAGGCAAGAGUGGGGCAAGUCUUUCCAGGUCGACUGGAUCUCGACGAAUCGACUCCCUUUCUACCGCACUCGUGGUCUGCGUAAUCCUUGGAACGAGAACAGAGAGAUCAAGAUUGCGCGCGAUGGCACAGAGAUUGAACCUAGCAUUGGACAGCGUCUGGUGCAGAUGUUCCAUCGCCCGGCACAGAUGCCUCAGGGUGCGAUCAACAUGUCUCCUGUGGGAAUGCACUUUCCUUCUUGA